UACUUAUAGACGUCCUCAUCAGUAGCUCAGAAAUAUCAAGGGGAAAAAAAAAGAAGAAAGGAAGCAUAACCAAGUAGCCCCCAAUAGCCAUGGAUUGGUGCUCUUGGUUAUCAAAAGCUAACCUUGAGCCAUCCCUCACAUACGAGUAUGGUUUAUCUUUCACCCGCAAUGAGCUAGAGAAAGAGGAUCUGGUAUACUUUAACCACGAAUUCCUCAAGAGUUUGGGCAUCAAUGUAGCUAAACACCGCCUGGAGAUACUCAAGCUUGUCAGGAAGGAUGUUGGAGGAAACCUCAAUGGCCUUUCCAGGCUUGUGUUGGCAUUCAACAAAACUAAAAAGCUCUUCGUCAAGAAAGUCGGCAAGUGGGGCUUUCCCAGCAGGAAUUCGACUAAUCAUCACGCCCCUUCGUUGGAUAUGUGUACCUAUCCAACACCGUGGAGCGGAGCACUCAAGCGGUUUACUAGUGCAAAGGAGGACAAACCAGUGAUCGCAAGCAGGGAUGUGAUGAAAUCAGGGCCUUUAGAUAGCAGAGUGCAACAAGAGAAGAAGAUGAUGUUGACUAAUAAAUGCCUUAGUAUAUCGGGUCCUCUGGAUGGGAAGCUACAAGAUAGAUGGAUGCUCGCCAACUGGAGCCCGAUGAGACCUGGAGUCACUGAUGGAAAAGGAAGAGACAGGCAUGGGUAUGGAAACAGGAGUCCUGGCUUGUAUGCACCGUGGGAAGGAAGAGGUAUGAGCCCAAUGCGGAAUCACUAUUACGAGGGAAAGGUGGGGUAUGCUACUGAUGAUGGAGGUCCUUCACUAUGGUCCUUAAUGUUUCAAGAUUUGAAACCCAAUUGAGCCCGGAGAUUUUCUUGCAAUACUGGUCUUGCCUAUGGGACGGAGACUUGCUACUUUUGGCAUUUUAUUGUUAUACUACAAGCUAUCGGAAGAAGUUGCUUGCUUUCAGGCAUGGCAUCUGCUUCAUGCUCUAAAUUCUUAGGCCUGAGAUAAGAAAGCAAACUAGCUUGACCAACUGCAGACUGAUCGUUACCUUGACCAAUCUGCUUGUACUUGAGCUUAGUUGUGUCCUUGUUUCCAAUUACUCCUUUCUCUGCUUUCUGAACCCAAUUACUUCCCCUAAUUUUUUCACUUGUACUCCCACAGGUGAAACUGUAGGAGUUAUGAUCUGCUGUUUUGCAUUAUUUGUGCCUAAUUAUGAAGCCUAAAACUAAUAAUACUACUCAGCUGAAAUUAUGUCUUA